UUGAAAGAAGAAGAAUAGAACCCUAGAUUUUUUGUCUAUUAUUAUUUACUUCAUACGUAUUGAUUUGUUAUCUGUAAAAUGAUUUAAAUUAAAAAAUUUAUUUAAAAUGGCAAGAAACAUACUGAAAAGUAGCAUUGAAAAUGCUUCUUUUAGCAUAGUAUUCCAGGUGUUAUUUCGAUGUAUAACUUUUAUUUUGAAUGCUUACAUAAUAAGAACUGUUGGUCAAGAAGUCCUGGGUAUUAUGAACGUCAGGUUACUUCUUUUAGAAUCAACAAUAUUAUUUUUAUCCAAAGAACCGAUUUUAAAAGCUUGUUUAACUAAUACAAGCACAAUAAAUUGGGCCCAAGUUAUCAAUCAAAUAUGGUUAUCUGUUCCCUUAUCGAGUGUGAUUAAUAUAACAUUAGUUUAUGUGUGGAUAAACAUCUUGACACCUACAGAUGAUAAAUACCAACAUCAGUAUGAGUUAGGUUGUUAUGCAGUGGCUUUAUCUUGUAUAGUAGAACAAGUGUCUCAGGUUGUUGUCCUUGUUGCUCAAAAUUUUUGUUUUGUCAGGUUAAAAGUCGUUAUUGACACACUUUAUGUAGUAAGUCGAACAAUUAUUUUUGUUUAUUAUGUUGAAACAGAGCCGGAAUAUCCUAUAAAUGCUUUUUCUAUUGCGCAAAUUGUUUCAUCUGUUAUUUUAUGUCUUUCUUAUUAUGGUUUCUUUCUUUGGUACAUUCCAGCUUUAAAUAAAGUAAAGGAAAUCAAGAAAAAAGAGAAAAAUGCAGAAAAGAAUAUUUUUUCUGAUAUGUCAGAUUUUCCUUUUACAUCUUUCAUACAACUCUUUCCAGGAAUAAUGGAAAAUAAGGAAGCUAUGUUGGAUUCAAAAUUGUUUGUAUUAACAAUGAGUUUUAUAAAACAAUCAGUAGUGAAGCAGGUGUUAACUGAAGGGGAAAGGUAUGUCAUGACAGUAUCUCCAGUUUUAACAUUCAGUCAACAGUCUGUGUAUGAUAUUGUAAAUAAUUUAGGAAGCUUGGCUGCUAGGUUCAUUUUCCGACCGAUUGAAGAGUCUGCAUAUUUUUAUUUUACCCAGAUGAUCAAAAGAGAUGAGAUAUUAACAAAACAGAAUAAAAAACAAGUCGCCGAGUCAGCCGAAGUAUUGAGUCAAUUAUGUAAAAUAGUAGUAACUAUCGGUCUUGUAGUUGUUACAUUUGGUCAAGCCUACAGUUAUUCAUUUUUAUACCUGUAUGGAGGGCAGAAAUUGGUAGAAAAUAAUUUAUCGGUAGUAUUACUGAGAUUUCAUAGCUUCGCAAUAGUACUUCUUGCUAUAAAUGGAGUCACGGAGGGAUAUGUAUUUGCCACAAUGAAUAAUCAACAAUUAGACAGGUAUAAUUAUUUAAUGGUGAUAUUUUCUGUGAUGUUUUUGUUGAUAUCCUACAUACUUACCUAUAUAAUUGGACCUGUAGGAUUCAUUUUGGCGAACUGCAUUAAUAUGACUGCUAGAAUAGUGCAUAGUUUAAACUAUAUUCACAAGCAAUUCCAGGAUACUGAAUUCACACCAUUAGAUGGGCUGAUUCCUGGUAAAAAGUUUCUCAUUACUUUAAUUUUGUCAGGAAUUGUGACUAUAUUAUCAGAGAUUUAUCUAUUAGAAAAAUCAAUUUUCAUACACAUUGGAGCAGGUGCAGUGUUCUUUUUCAUCAUAGUUUCCAUUUGGGCAUUAGAUAACAUGACGUUAUUAAGGUUGGGAUUAGAAAAGUACAAAAGCAGGAAAAGUUCAUUUGUUAAACAAGAUUAGUAAUUUUAAAUAAAAAUGUUGGUAUUUUUAUAUAAGUAAUAUACUUUUGUUGCCUAA